AUGCAUGGAGUGGUGAAGUUUGCUGUCAAAAAGGGGCAGCUUUUUAAGCUGCAAUCAUCUAUCCUUCCAUACACACGAUACUUUGCUGAAUCAUUAGUCAAAGAAGCUGAGGCGGACAACAAUAUAGUAGCUAUUCAUGCUGAAUGGGUGAUGGGUUACCUGCUGAAGGUCUCGAUCCAUUAUGUGCCAUCUACUCAUCUUUCCUCCAAAGAGGAUAUGAUCAGGUUGUACAUGAUGUGGAUCUUCAGAAGCUACCGAUCUGGUUCACUAUUGAUCUGCUUCAGGUUUCCACGGGGGAACAGAAUUGCCGCAGUUAUCCCAUUCAACAACUAG